AGGGGUGGCCACGUACACGGACAAGUUGUUCAAGUUCCGCAACAACCGCUGGGAAGACAUCCUCAGUGACGAGGUCAACGUGGCCCGCGGUGUGGCCAGCCUCUUUGCCGGGCGCUCUGUGGCCUGCGUGGACAGGACGGGCUCUGGACGCUACUCUAUCUACAUCGCCAAUUAUGCCUACGGUAACGUGGGCCCUGACGCCCUCAUUGAAAUGGACCCCGAGGCCAGUGACCUUUCCCAGGGCAUUCUGGCGCUCAGAGAUGUGGCUGCUGAGGCCGGGGUCAGCAAAUACACAGGGGGCCGCGGUGUCAGCGUGGGUCCUAUCCUCAGCAGCAGUGCCUCAGACAUCUUCUGUGACAAUGAGAAUGGGCCCAACUUCCUCUUCCACAACCAGGGUGAUGGCACCUUCGUGGAUGCUGCUACCAGUGCCGGUGUGGACGACCCCCACCAGCAUGGGCGAGGUGUCGCCCUAGCCGACUUCAACCGCGAUGGCAAAGUGGAUAUUGUCUACGGCAACUGGAAUGGCCCCCACCGGCUCUACCUGCAGAUGAGUGCCCAUGGGAAGGUCCGCUUUCGGGACAUCGCCUCGCCCAAAUUUUCCAUGCCAUCCCCGGUCCGUACCGUCAUCGCCGCUGACUUUGACAAUGACCAGGAGCUGGAGAUCUUCUUCAACAACUUUGCCCACCGCAGCUCCUCAGCCAACCGUCUCUUCCGGGUCAUUCGCAGGGAACACGGCGACCCCCUCAUCGAGGAGCUCAAUCCCGGUGAUGCCUUAGAGCCUGAGGGUCGGGGCACAGGGGGUGUGGUGACAGACUUCGAUGGAGACGGGAUGCUGGACCUCAUCUUGUCCCAUGGGGAGUCCAUGGCUCAGCCGCUGUCUGUCUUCCGGGGGAACCAGGGCUUCAGCAACAACUGGCUGCGAGUGGUACCUCGGACCCGAUUCGGGGCCUUCGCCCGGGGAGCUAAGGUCGUGCUCUACACCAAGAAGAGCGGGGCCCACCUGAGGAUUAUCGACGGGGGUUCGGGCUACCUGUGUGAGAUGGAGCCCGUGGCGCACUUUGGCUUAGGGAAGGAUGAAGCCAGCAGUGUGGAGGUGACAUGGCCGGAUGGCGAGAUGACAAGCCGGAAUGUGGCCAGUGAGGAGAUGAACUCCGUGCUGGAGAUCCCCUACCCCCGGGAUGAGGACAGACCUCAGGACCCAGCCCCACUGGAGUGCGGCCAAGGAUUCUCCCAGCAGGAAAACGGCCAUUGCCUGGACACCAAUGAAUGCAUCCAGUUCCCAUUCGUGUGCCCUCGAGACAAGCCCGUGUGUGUGAACACGUAUGGAAGUUACAGGUGCCGGACCAACAAGAGGUGCAGUCGGGGCUACGAGCCCAACGAGGACGGCACAGCCUGUGUGGCUCAAGUGGCCUUUUUAGGUGGGUAUCCUUCUGCUGCCUUUAGAAUCUCUGAGCCUCUCUCUCGGGCCUCGUAUCUCUCUCUAGGCCUUGGACUUUGCCUUCAGUUAUAUGCACUUUAAAUCCCAUCAAUAAAGGAAAAAAA